GGGCCUCGUAACUUUUGUGCCCCAGUUCGUUUAUCCUCUCCUCUCUCUUUCUCUGUCUUGCUGCGGCGACACCUCCGCUUCCGCCGGCCGAGUCCCGAGCGGAGCCGAAGCAACAACCGCCGGGGAGGCGAGGGAUUGAUUCGGAGAUGGCGUCAACUAGCUCUAUAGGCGACGUGGGAGCCUCAGUUCCUCGCAGGUAAAAAAAAUGGAAAGGGAGAUGACAAGUUAGUUGGUGCGCUCCUUGUGGGAUUUGCGCGUCCAAUUCCACCUUGAGUGCAGGGAUCUUCCUCUCUGUAAUUUGUAACAUGGUCAAAAGGGGUUGCAUGUAAAACAUUUCCUGCUUCUGCAAAUACCAGUAGCUCACACCAAGAGUCUCAUAAUGUUGAUGCAAAAUCACGUGUGGAGGAUGUUUGGAAGAAGAUGAAUGGUGGCUUUCCUAAUAAGAUGCCCAAACCUGCAAUGACGAAGCUCAGUUCAACAGCAACAGAAAAGAAAAAUAAGCCAACAAAUAAUUGGAUGACUGUUCUAGGCCUCUCACCAAGUAAGGCAUGUAAUUCCAGUCAAGGAUCAAAAAAUGGUCUAAAAUGGACACAACAUGAAACGAGAGAGGAUGCCAAAAAACUUGCAGCAAAGGCCCUUGCAGCUGCCAAAAAUGCCGCUGCUGUGGCAUCUGGACGAGGGAAAGUGGAGAUCACUGAGGUAAGGGACUUUGCUGUCAAGGACAUCGAAAUCAAGAAAUUGGUUGAUCCUAAUUCGAAGGAGGCAAUAGAGAAGGCCAAGGCAGCUGGUGCCGCCCCAUCAGCUGUCGAUAGCAUUCUAGAGCAAAUACGGAAGAAGCAGAAGCUGAGCGUCCUGGACAAGACGAAGAAAGACUGGGGAGAGUACAAGGAAGAAAACCGAGGCUUGGAGGAAGAGCUGGACGCCUACAAGAAGAGCUCGAACCAGUACCUCGACAAGCAAUCAUUCCUGCAGCGAACUGAUUACCGCGAGUUUGAGCGCGAGCGGGAUGCCCGGCUGUCCAUGAUGGCCAAACGGAGGACCGAUAUGCGGGAGGACGAUGUGUAGGACUGAAAUAUAUCCCUUCCUGUGGACAUUCUUUUUCUUUUGAGAUAGUGGUAAACACUAAGGGCCUGUUCGGUUCGGUCUCAAUUCAUAUGGAUUGAGUGAGAUUGUGUCGGUUUACAUCCAUAACAAGUCAAAAUUCGUCUAGAUCCUACCCAAUAUAUUCCAAUUCACAUGGAUCUAGAAUAACCGAAGAAGGCCUAAAUUGUCAAUGUUUUCUGGUCCAUUUAAAUCUACCUUUUUAGAA